AUGUAUCAAGUAUUCAUCCUCUUCUCGAUGCUGGCAUCAGAAGUCCUGGCACACGUCGUUCUUGAGAACCCAAAGCCCUUCAAAUUUGCCGCUGACGGUCCUACUAACCCUAUCUCUAGCACAGGCGACGACUUCCCUUGUAAAAUGCCACAUGCUGGGGCUACAUACGAGAUUGACGGACCUCCCACGCUCAUGGCCAUCGGGGAGACUUUCGAAGAAAUUUUCAAGGGGCAGGCUGUACAUGGGGGCGGUAGCUGCCAAUUUGCUCUUAGCGCCGAUGCAAAGCCAACGAAAGACUCAAAAUGGAUGGUCAUCCACUCUAUCGAAGGCGGAUGUCCGGCUCGCAACCAGAAGGGUAACCUCGAGGGCCCGAACAAAGAUAAGUACCCUUUCACGAUCCCUAACAGUAUCAUCCCGGGCGACUAUGUUUUUGCUUGGAUCUGGCUCGCUAGGGUUGGCGGCCAGCCCAAGUACUACAUGAACUGUGCUCCUGUUAUUAUUACCGGCAUGAGAAAAAAGCGUGAUGAUUUUGCCGGCCGCCGAAAGUCGUUGGCCAGGCGCGAACAAUUCCCCGAGCUUUUCAUGGCGAACAUGGGUGAUGUCUCCGGUGGCUGUACCACCGGAGAGGCCUUGAACGCGCAGAUUCCCAUUGCGUUCCCCAAUUCUGGCAUUUAUGUCGACCACCCCGAGGGAAAGAACAAUCUGUUUAAGCAGCCUUGUGAUGGGAACCCUCGAGCAGGAUCAUCAGUAGAACCGCCUUUUGGGGGUAGCGUUACUUCUAGCACGGUUGGAACGGCUGCCUCAAGUUCGACAACAAAGGGCUCUAUUGUUUCUAUUGCCUCGUCUGUUGUCGCUGGGACAACUACUUCAUCUGAGAGGCAUCCUAUGCAGCCUACGAUUCCCACCGACACCGCAGUCUCAACCAAAUUUGGCCCUGCGCCGAUUACUACGACUGUAACAACUGAGGUCACAAUCACUGUAACUGCUACCAUCAUUGCCACAUCAGUCCUCACAAACACGACCGCCGCUAGACCGACAUCUACUACAACUUUAUCGCCGAGUGUACCCGAGCCACUCCCCGGUACUUGUACCGAGGGCUACCUCAUCUGUUUGCCGGAUGAGACUCAUUUUGCUACGUGCACUGGCGGCAAGCUGACUGGUCCGCAACCAAUCGCCCCAGGUUUCAAGUGUACUGCGGGGGAGGGGGAGGGGCUGCAGAUCUCGCCAGCUAUAAUGAAAUAA